GUUAGGAUCUCCUGCUCCCUGAGCGGCGCUGAUAAGCAUCUGAAAUGAACAGCGUUGAAAACAAAUCGCAGAAGAAACACGACGCGCUCAGCCAAUGAGCGAUCAGAUUACUGGCCGUCAGCGAACCAGCGCGUCUCAUGUUGAGCUGUACAUACAUCCACCACUGAGUUUCAGGAUCCGAGCGCGUACAUACAGAUUUUGGGAUCUCAGUUUGGACUUUGACGCUCUUGGCCAGUUCAAUGCUCAGUGCUCAAGUAUUGGUGUAGUUGAAAUGCAGGCCUGACACCUCCACAUUCGUUACUCCCCAGCAAAUUCUUUCUCCUCCCUUCCGGAUGGCCGGAGCAGUGAUGGACAGCAUUGUUAUCCUUGAUGAUGAUGAUGAAGAAGCUUCCACAUCUGCAUCCUGUUCAUAUACGUCCUGCCAGUCAAAAACACCUCUGAAGAAUCAGCUACCACGUCCAACACAUAUCACACAGUCUCCAUUUGCCACUGCAAAGAAGGACGUUCAUGUCCUGCAAGUGGAGAAUGAAAAACUGUUUGCGGAGUUUGUGGAACAUUGCUCCAAACACUCGCAAGAUCAUCCGGAGGUCGUGACCUACCUGCAGAACAGAUACUCUAAGGCCCUGCCGACCUUCCUGUCAUCGGUGGAGUUCCGAAACACUCUGGGUCGCUGCCUCACACGGGCCCAGGCAAACACAGGAAAAACCUUUGUCUACAUUAACGAACUCUGCACCGUUCUUAAACAGCACACGGCUCGGAAACGGAGCUCCAUACAGUCUCUCCCUUCUCAGGCAAAACCUGAGGAGAAGAGCAAUGGGACGGAUGUAAAGGAGGAGGAACAGGUUAAAGGAGAAGAGGAAAAGCAAGAAAAUGAGGAGGAAUCAAAGAAAACGAAAAGGGCUUCAAGGAGACAGUUAGCUUACCUGGAAAACCUGUUGAAGGUGUAUAAUGAGGAGAUCCGACGGCUUCAGGAGAGGGAGUUGAGUGUGGAAGAUCUGGAGAAGGAAGACUCCAGUUAUAUUCAGGAGCACAAGCUCAAACGCAAGAUGAUGAAGAUCUAUGAAAAACUGUGCGAGCUGAAGGGCUGCAACACGCUGACGGGUCGAGUGAUCGAGCAGAAGAUUGCCUACAGUGGAACACGCUACCCAGAGAUCAACAAAAAGAUUGAACGCUACAUUAACAGUGAAGAAGCUUUUCACAAUCCUCCAGACUACACAGAUAUCCUGAAGGUGGUGCAGCGCGCCAACGAACGCUACGGUCUUCUGCUCGCCCGCAAACAGAUAACCCAGAUCGCUCAAGAAGCCUUCCGAGAGACGGGCAACAAACUACAGGAGAGACGGCAUCUUGACAUGGUCUACAACUUUGGCUCCCACCUUACGGAUUCAUACAAACCUACAUUAGAUCCUGCACUCACUGACCCAACACUGCAUCGCAAACUACGCUCUAAUAGAGACAUGGCCAUCAACAGCCUGGAGGAGGUGAUCAACAAAUACGCCAUUAAACAGGAAGACAUGGAGGUCGAGGAAAUGAGGAAAAAACAAGAGCGAGAAAGACAGAAAAAAGAGGCACUUGAUGGACAGCAGGCUGACAGCAAAGAAAAAGAAAAAGAGGAACAGGAAGAAAAAGAGGAACAGGAAGAAAAAGAGGAACAGGAAGAAAAAGAGGAAGAAGAAGAAGAGGAGGAAGAUGAAGAAACGGACGAUUCCUCUGAUCCUGAUAUUGAAGAGGAGAUCCAAGCCAGUCAAGAACAAGUUGGUCCAGAUGAUGACGAAGAGGACAUCGAAGAGGAGCAGUUGAACAACAGUGACAAUGAACAGCCAAUCAAUGAGAACUCUCCUCUGUCAAUCAAAUCAUCCAUACCGGAUACAGAAGAAGAUCCGGGUGAUGAGGACCAGCAGUCUCCAGUCAGCAGCACACAUGAGGCAGGAUCUGUGGAAACGCGCACAAACGGCAGACCAGCUAAACUAAGCCCCCUGUCCACUGAGGACAUCAGUCAGUCAGAGACAAUGGACUCUUUGCCUGCCGUCAUGGCAGAAACUAUUUCCACUAAUCACAUUAAACCUGUUUCUAAAAGCACCAGUAUCUGCACCGAGACUGUCUCCACCAAUCAGGCCUCGUCGCCAACCCACAUGAGAUCAGCCAACUGCAGUCCAAUACCUCAAACAAGCCCUUUAUUAAUCGACGAGACGGGCAACUACAGGAAAAGGAAACGCACCUCGACUGAAAAACAAACUGCCUCCUACAAUGGGAAUUGCACAGAGGACAGUGAUAUUCCUCUGGAUAUGGGUGUGAUCUGCUGCUCUGAGCAGGAAGACUCAACCAGGAAGAGGACAAGGACUCCGACAAAGGACAUGGUCAAGAACUCAAGAGCCACACCACCGCCGAAGAGAAAUAAGGUGAACGUGGCGACUCAGUGCGACCCAGAGGAAGUGAUCGUUCUCUCAGAUUCAGAGUGAGCUCUGCUGUCACAGGGUACUGAGCUGACAUCUCAGACAGCUUCCUGUUCCAAUAGUGCCUGCUAAUGUGAACAUAGAACAAAAAAUGUUUAUUUUAUGUUGGACUGGUUCAAUCAGCAUUUGAACCAUUGCCACUUAUCUGCAAUGUCACUGUUUACUUUUUAUAUGAGGGAAAAUAGCGUGCCGAUGUUAAUUAAGGCUUUUUAGGGGUAUUUUGGUAUAUUGUAAAUGGUUCUUGCCUCUAAAUAUUCUUACUACAAGGGUUUAUCUUGUAUUGUAUUUAUGAUUUUAGUUUGAGGGUUUGGAUGCAAUCCUCAUUUGUGCCAAGAGUCAUAAGGGGAAGUGAGCUUUCCCUCCUCGAGUCAAUAAAUGCUCUCAUUUUGUGUAGUGUUUGACUUACAUGUUGAUUACUUUGUACAGUGCACUGUGGAUUUUUUAAGCAGCUGUGGAAAUAAUUUUCCACAUGAAGUUUUGAGAUACUUGAUGCUGCAACUCACAAGCAUUGGAAUGUUUGUUUUCAGAUUACGUCUUAAAUGAAUAGUUUACCCAAAAAAUAAAAUUUCAGACAUUAAUAACUCA